AUGGAGCUGUCGGCCCAACAUCAGACCUACCAACAAAACGACCGGGACAACCGACAAAACCAAACUGGCACGACGCUCCUACAUCGCUUCGAUGGCAAAGUCGAUUGGUCUGACGGUCGCUUUCAGGUUCGGAGGAAAACGAUGUUGAAACUGCUUGGCGUCACAAGUGGAAACCACGCGGUUGUCUCGAUCAGUCGCCUCACAGGCCAGGGCAUUGAGUGCUUUGUCACGAUCAAGGACAGUUCCCAGAAGGAGGUUUUGAGUAGGGAGAUAUUUGACAGCGGCGACAUCGUUCACGACUUUCCCGACAUGCAUUCGGUGGAGUUGACAAUAUCUCCGCAGAGAGAUUCGACGUUAGAGAUCAAAGUGCAGAUCAGCGACGAGUCUGGCAACCAGGGUGUUGAGCAGCCAAGCGAGACCUCAGCCGAUGCAUCAGGCGCAGCAGCUGCCUUGCCUGUCACAGACGAUCCUGUGCCUCGACGGCCCAGCCCACCCUCUGUUCCUCCUUCCAUCUCCUGCUGCCAUGGCCCUGCUUCACUCCCUCAUCCCUUGCAAUUGCUUUUGCUUUUGGCAGUCGCGCCGGUCCGGCGAACCACCUUUUUGGACGAACGAGACGACCGCACCGCACCCGACCUGCGAUUUUGCGAGGACCGUGCCCAAUUAGUGUCGCUUGUUGCUGCUGCACUCGCCAAGUCCUGGGACUGUGCAGUGGCGGCUCUUGUGAAGCUGACCCGAGGCCGUCCGGCUCCUUCUCCUUCAGUCCUUCACAGUUUGAGCUUCGGGAUGUCUAUGUGGAAUCAUUCCAAGGCCUAUGCUCGGAUGUUUGAGACCAGCGUGCUUGGUUCCUUGCAUGUUCUUGCGGUGUUGUUGGGCUUGGGGGGUUGGGGGUUCGGCCUGGUCCAAAUCCGUCUUGACGUCCAUGUUCCCGUCGCAGCCAUGACCAGAGCAUCCCACAAAUGGGGUUUCACCACAGUGUCGCCCGCUGCAAGCACCGAGAGUGUGUUGAUGAUGGUCGCCAUCACCGGAAUGUGGAUCGAUGAGACACGCAAGCUGGACACAGAAGUGGCCGCAUACCCCCGCUAUGCAGAGACCUCGCUGUCUCCGAUCACGGGGUGCUCGAGAGUCCGUAAGAAGCUGGACAAGUUUAUCUGCUCCUACAGUCUUAGCUUCAGCUGUCGCCUGGUGCUGAUCUCACACAUGCGGGCCUGGCUUACAGUUCAAUCUAAGCAUCCCCUCUACCUGCUGCGGGCCCACUCCCUGAGCAUGGCUGGUGACCCUUUCGAAUUUGCCGAUAACGUUUUCGAAUUUUUUGGGAAGAUCGGCGAAUUGAUGGCCCACAGGCUGCCCCUUCCGUCGUUCGACGUUCAGUUCGACGGCGCGGCUCUGCAGGAAGUCAACUUCGAGGAGGGGAAGUACAACUCCAUACACGUAGAAGAGCCACUUGAAAUGAGACCCGAACAGGUCGAGAAACACGGGGGCAGCAAGAUCAAGGUGUCCGGAAGUUCUCUGAGCAGCCGGGAGUUUGCCGAUGAUUUCUUCGACCAGAAAACUUGUGCCAGUGUGAAGGGAGGAACAGGCCCCGCGAAGCGUUGUGACACGGGCUGCUUCUGGCUGAGAGUGAGCGUGCAUCUGGAGGGCUGCCCAUCGUCGUUCCGCCUUGUGCUGAUGAUGAACAGCGAAGGGAUGCACAAGCCCUGGUAUGUUGGUUCGCCAGAGGGAAUCGGAAGUCAUGGACAUCACCAUUCCGUCAUCGUGAAAUCCACUGAUGGGCAGAGGCGGCUCAGGGUUCUCAGGGCUGACGAUGGCCUGAACUCCAGCCACAGCCGUCGAGGCGAGCUACAGGCAGAUACAGGCAGCACAUGGGUGCCAACUGAUUGUCAUGGCCAAUGGGCCGUUGGCCAGUUCGUCUUACUUCUAGUCUUAGUGCUUGUUUUCGACUGGAUGGAGAAUUCCCGGCAGGCAUUUCAACCGACCUCCGAUAUUGGCGCUGUUUCAUCCCGGUUCAUAGCUUGGCAUAGGUUGACGUUGCGCUUCCAGCGGUGGCUGGCAGAUGCUGGCAGCUCUUGUGCAGAUGACUGUUUGAGACCGGUACAACCACCGACAGAUUGUCUCCAGGACGUGCAGCGGUUGGAUUUCAACGUCAUUGCCUUGAUGCCAGAGGAGCGCAGCGGUCGGCAGCGGCCGGAGACAGGGCACCCAGCUUCUCGGGACCGGCGCGGCCGGCGCACGCUGACUCGAGGUGCCGUCGCCCGCUGGCUGGGCGGACAAGCCGGUCAAGGUCACUGUCGGCAUGCGCCUCGCGACUUUCCUCGGCACGUGUCGAAGAGGUCUAACAUCCUGGACCUGACUCCCGGUCCUGCAUCGUGGUGCGCUUGUGUGCACGGCGGCUGCCGACGAGGACUCGGGACCAGUUGCCCUGCGUCGCGAUCAUGGGCAGCUCCAUAUUCUGUUUUCCUGUUUUGGUGGCACGCCACGACGAGCCACGUCCCGAGCUAG